GUAGUAGUAGACACAGGACACACAGGAUGUAGUAGUACACGCUCCACAACAACAGAACAUUAACUGUCUCAGCUGUGGCUGCAGACAUCUGAUUGGCUGAAGGGACAGAGGCCUCUGAGAGCUGAUUGGCCGGCUCGUUAACUUCCUCCGCCAGCCUUGUGGACCAGGUCCAGGACUGGUGUUGACAGGAAGUGGCCCUGCAGCUGUUUUAUUGUGAAAAGUCCAUUCAUAAAUUAAUCUGCUUUUAUUUUCUCAUGUUGUUGGCCAGCUGCGUUCUGAUUGGCUCUGAGCCAACAGCUCACACAGGACGUGCACAUGUCCGUCAGGAAGUGGCCCAUGGGAGCCACUCUGCUGCACCUGGGUCACUUUAUUGUUGUUCACUGUGUCACUUCCUGUCCCGUCCUGAGAAAAUGAAGGUUCCCACACACCUGUCACUUCCUGUUUCAGACGUGUGGCGUCGCCAUGACGACCGCCAGACUGUCGACGUGCAGCUGCUCCGAGACGAGAUGAGACAGGAAGUGGAACAGGAAGUCAGGCUCCAGGUGGACGAGCUGAUGAGGGCGGAGCUGGAAAACCUCAAACUGGUCAUCGACAAAACCCAGAAGAAGAAGAAGAAGAAAGGGAACAGAAAGAAGAAGAAAAGCAAGAAGAAGAAGAGAGAGAAAGACCUGACAGCACACAGGUCCCUACAGUCUCUGUGUGAGGAGCUGAUUCUGGAGGGCUUCCUCAUCCAGCCAAUGAAUAUCAAGCUCUCUGACUACAUCGGUGAGUACAGUUACUUGGGCUCGACUCUCCAGCAGGUGAACACUGAACCGAUGCCGUCGCUCUCUGAUGUCAGACAGCUCAUCACUCUGUACACCGUGCUGCCUCUGGGAUCCCAGGCGGUCUUGAAGAAGUUCCCAGGGAUGAAGACUCUGCUGCUGGCCGGUCCGUCUGGAGUCGGCAAGAAGAUGUUGGUUCACGCCGUCUGCAGCGAGACCGGAGCUCACCUGUUCCACCUGAACCCCGCCCACCUGAGCACCAGGUACCCGGGCAGAACCGCCUACCUGCUGCACCUGGUCUUCAAGGUGGCAGGUGAGCUGCAGCCGUCUGUGAUCUGGAUAGAAGACGCAGAGAUACCGUUCUACAGGAAAACUCCAAAAACUGAGCGAGAGUGGAAGAGAUCUUUGUUCCAGCUGGAUCUUAAGGGGCUGAAGAAAAACCUCCUGAAGUCUCUGAAGACCCUGAAACUGCAGGACCGAGUUCUGGUGAUCGGGACCAGUCGAAGACCGUUUGACGCCAACAUCAAACCGCUCUGUAAAGUCUACAAGAAGAUCAUCCUGAUCCCCAGACCAGACUACAGCUCCAGACUGGUUCUGUGGAUGGAGCUGCUGCGUGCUGAGGGGGCAGAGCCUGGUCCACAUCUGGACCUCAGCUCAUUGGCUAAGAUCACCGACGGCUUCACUCAGGGUCACAUCCUGCAGGCGGUCCGCUCGGUGCUCCGCCCCCACAGGCUGAAGAAGCUCCACCUACAGCCGCUGACUGCCACGGAGUUCAUCCCAUCGCUGUCGAGGAUGGAGCCGGUGUACCGGGAGGAGGAGGACGCCUUCAAGCUCUGGUUCAGGAAGACGCCGCUGGGCAGGAGGAAGGCACGAGCUGCCAAAACCAGCGAAGAAGAACGAGGAGCGACCGCAGCGGGGAAGAAGAAAGGGGCAAAGGACAAAAACAGGAAGUGAUGAAGUCUUUACUGCUGUAGUCUGUUUUUAUUUAACGGAAAAUAUUAGUGGGUUUCUUUAGUUCCUGACUUACAUUUAUUCAUUUAUCUGACGCUUUUAUCCAAAGCCACUUACAAUUGCUAUACACGUCAGAGGUCGCACGCCUCUGGAGCAACGAGGGGUUAAGUGUCUUGCUCAGGGACACAAUGGUGGAUGAGUCACAGUGGGGGAUUGAACCCUGGUCUCUCACACCAAAGGCAGGAAUCCAUGCACCCAUUUAACCAUGAUUUAUGUUGGUAAAACACCAGGCCUUUUAUUUUGAAGGAGAAAAAUAACUUCCUGUAACCAACCUUUAAAGUGAUUAAACUCCAGGUUUCCUUUGUUGUUGUCUAUUAAAGAUGUGAAAUCGUGUUUCACCAA